AUGUCGGAUGGAGGCCUAGAGCCCCAGCCUGGCGCCCCGUGGCCCACCCUUCCUCGCAGCCCCUCUCUCCCCCAGUUCCUGAUGACCACCAACUCCCUGAGCACGUGCUGCGAAUCCGGUGGCCGCACGCUGGCCGACUCCGGGCCCGCUGCCUCGGCGCAGGCACCGGUUUACUGUCCGGUCUAUGAGAGCCGGCUGCUGGCCACCGCGCGCCACGAGCUCAACUCGGCCGCGGCGCUGGGCGUCUAUGGGGGCCCCUAUGGCGGUUCGCAGGGCUACGGCAACUACGUGACCUACGGCUCCGAGGCCUCCGCCUUCUACUCCCUGAACAGCUUCGACUCCAAGGACGCGCCGGGAUCUGCGCAUGCGGGCCUCGCGCCCGCCGCCGCCGCCGCCGCCGCCUACUACCCCUACGAGCCCGCGCUGGGCCAGUACGCUUACGACAGGUACGGCACCAUGGACAGCGGCACGCGGCGCAAGAACGCCACGCGCGAGACCACCAGCACGCUCAAGGCCUGGCUGCAGGAGCACCGCAAGAACCCCUACCCCACCAAGGGCGAGAAGAUCAUGCUGGCCAUCAUCACCAAGAUGACCCUCACGCAGGUCUCCACCUGGUUCGCCAACGCGCGCCGGCGCCUCAAGAAGGAGAACAAGAUGACGUGGGCACCCAGGAACAAGUGCGCUGAUGAGAAGCGACCCUAUGGGGAGGGCGAGGAGGAAGAGGGGGGAGAAGAGGACUCCCGGGAGGAGCUCCUCAAGAGCACCAAGAAUGAAGAGCCCAUCGGCAAAGACGAGAAGGAUCUUGAGCUCAGCGACUUGGAGGACUUCGAUCCGCUGGAGACGGAGCCCCAGGAGUGCGAGCUGAAACCUCCCUUCCAGCCCCUGGACAGUGGCCUGGAACGCGUCCCCGCCGCUCCCGACGGCCCCAGUGCCCCUGGAAAAGAGGCCUCCGGCGCCCACCGGAUGCCCCUGGCUGCCGAUGGCGGGUCUGCCCAGGACCAGGACCUGGAGAGGGCCCGGAGCUGCCUCCGGAGCGUGGUGGCGGGGCCGGAACAGCCACCCGGUGCCGCGGGCGGCCCGCAGGCCUGCGAGGCCAAGCUGGGCUUCGUGCCGGCUGGGGCGACGGGGGGCCUCGAGGUCAAACCGCGCAUCUGGUCCCUGGCGCACACGGCUACCGCGGCCGCGGCCACCAGCCUGAGCCAGACUGAGUUUCCCUCGUGCAUGCUCAAGCGCCAAGGCCCUGCGGCCGUCUCCUUGGCACCCUCCUUGUCCUCGCCGGCGGCCCCGGCCCCCGCUGGUGCCCUGGACAGGCACCAGGACUCCCCGGUAACCAGUCUCAGAAACUGGGUGGACGGAGUCUUCCACGACCCCAUUCUCAGGCACAGCACUUUGAACCAGGCCUGGGCCACUGCCAAGGGUGCCCUGCUGGACCCGGGGCCCCUGGGCCGCUCGCUGGGGGCAGGCGCCAACGUGCUGACGUCACCCCUGGCGCGCACCUUCCCACCCUCCGGGGCGCCCGAGGCCCCAGCCGCCGGGGCCGCGAAGGAGCUGCUGGCCCUGCCCAAAGCCGGUGGGAAGCCCUUCUGCGCUUAACCCCGAGGGACCCAGGGCCCAGGAGGACGCCGGUGCUCAGGCGGCAGGCUCGCAUGUCGAAGACUCUUUUUCUAACAAGUUUCCAAAGCUAGGAGAGAGCGCAGCGAAGCUCAGGCAGCCCGCCCACCCCGAGGGAGGAGCUGAACUCAGUCUCCAGGAACCACGGACAAACCCCUAGAUCUGUCGCGCGAGGUCCACUGACCACCCUGACCAUUCCCAAACUCGGGGAUCGAUGGGACCGGGCUGCGCCCAGAGCAGAAGGCAGCCGCCCUUAAGUUUACUUCCAAAAGUUUACAUGGAGAAGACGUUUUCGGUUCCGAGGCUUGGUCUGUGCCGCUGCCUUCUGGGCGUGAGGCAUGCCCGUGCUCUUUCCGAGGACCCCUCGGCCUGUGGACCUUCCGAUUUCACCCUCAGCACAUAAUUCUCACCCAAAACACUUCCCCGAAUUUACACUAUUGCACACUCUUAACUCGAUAAAAUUAUGUUUUUUAAAUGUAUGUUCACACCAGUAAUUGCCUGCUUCAGAGGCUGAUAUAACGAAACCAAUAAAACCGACUGAUGAUGUUUG